UUUUUACCCGUUUAUUAUUAAAUCUAAUUUAAUUUAAUACGAUAAACGAAAACUAAAAAGCCAUAUCGCUGGUUAUAGGAAGAGAAGAUCCUCGAUAAAAUCAAGUAUUUUAUAUUGACUUUAGCUUCGAUUUUAAUGGCAUAUCUUAAUCUUGUCAAAACAAAAAAAAACACUUUUUUAACUACCUCACCAAAUCAUAAUCAUAAAUUUAAGGAUUUCGGUAUAAAAAAUCAAAUGUAUUGCAUGGCCAUCACUAUUGGGUGUUGAUAUUUAGCUCAGUCUGGAGUUUUGCUAGUGGAUUUGUGUUGAUAAGUUAUCUGAAACGUUCAAAUUGAAAAUUAAAAGAAAUGUGUAAAAAUAAGCUAUUCAAAAUGCGGACACAUUAGAUCGUCAAAUUUACAAGUUUUCAAUGAGAAAAAAAGAAACAUUUUCUGACGCAAUAUUAGCAUUUGCUUUUACCAAGUUUCGGUGUUUUGAUAAUAAGAUUGCCCAUUAGGACAUUUGAUUAAUUGAUGAUUAACUAAGCGAAUUGGAUAGUUAACACCCAUUAUUGCUGCUAAUUAUGAUGAACUUAUUUCUUAAUAUGUUUGCUCUUAUUUAUCCUAUCUAGAAAUGUACAUAAAAUAUAAAUGAAUACUUAUAGAACUCAAAAUCCAUAGGUGGUGGGGAAAGAUUCUACAAAAAUUAGAAUCCACCGCCCAUCAGAAGCAAAAACGAAUAAAUUUAGACGCAUUGUGAAAUUUUCUUAAAAUAUUGAUGGACGUUUAAUUCCUCGCACUUACAUAAACACAUACUAUACAAUACAUUCUGUUUUUCUAAAAAAAAUAAAAAUGAUUCUUGUCUCGAAAUCAACAUUUUGAUUAAAUAUCGAUAUGAAUUUGUCUUUCGUAUCGUUUUGCCAAAUGUCGCAGCCAAUGAUGUCUUGCACUGAACUGCAUAUCAAUAAACAAAUGAGGGAAUCCACUUUUGAAGCACCUCCUUCCCUCCUUGGCAACCAUCAAGCACCAAUAACAUUCCCAUCCCAUCUCAGGGUGACUGCUACCAGUUGCUGUUGCUGCCAUGGCGAGCCCUUGGAGCCGUGGCAUUACCAUAGUGCUGUUUGUUCUAUUUAUCGAACAGCAAAAAUGUCGAAACAGUUAAAAAAUUGCAGAAGUUAAAACAAAUUUUACCUAAUUCCUUAAAAAAAAAGGCAAUAAUAUAAUCAAACCAAAUUUUGCAUGUUCGUUAAUCUAAAUUUAGAGGUGCAAAAUUGUGGGUAAGAUCAAAAGUAGCAAUUAGGAAUUAGAAGCAAUUAGAAUGUUGAGGCUACCGGGAAUGCCACUGCUCCCAGGUGCGCAGUUCUACGACUAUAGCAAAAGACGUCAUCCGAGGCGGCAGACAUUAAUGCACUAUCAGGGCAUUCACAUGCUCUCGGAUCGUCGCGAACCUGAGUUAGUGGAGCCAAAUGGACCAUUAGUGGACCCAAAAUGUCCUCCUGUGGCCACCGAGAUGAGUGCACUGUGGGCGCCUAAGAUUAGCAUUAAAUUACCACCAUGGCUGGCAUAUGAUAAGCAGGUGCUCUGCUUCAAUGCCUAUUUCAAGGAGCCGCUAACCGAGAUUUACCAUGCUCCCUAUCAGGUGCGCAAGGUAAAAAUCUAUUUCUAUCUCGAGGAUGGCACCAUGCAAAUCACAGAACCCAAGGUGGAGAACUCUGGUAUACCGCAGGGCUGCCUUGUACACCGCCAGCGCAUUCCGAAAGCACCGCCUAGCGAUCGUGAAUUCAUUUCCAUCUUUGAUCUCAAUGUGGACACCAAUGUACAGAUCUUUGAUCGCGUGUAUCACAUUAGUGGCUGCGACAUCUUCACUCGGCAAUUCCUCAAUCGAGCCGGCAUUCCAGUGCCCGUCUCCCUGCUGGAGCCCAACGACCCAACCACCGAAAUGCGCAAACGAUCCGCUUUAAAACAAGCUCCCAAAGCGGAUUCUAGUGUUUUGCCAAAGCGACAUUCAUUUGCCCAAUUUCUGGAGUUUGAUCGAAGAGUCCUUAAAUUCCAGGGCUAUUGGAACGAUCGCUCCGAAUUUGGUGAUGUACGUAAGCUGGACAUAUGCUAUUACUUGGCUGACGAUACCAUCGACAUUAAGGAAAAGUUUCCAAGGAAUUCAGGACGCGAAGGACCCAGCACCUUUCUGAAGCGCGGCAAAUUGCCCAAGGAGUUCACGGGUCUGGCUUUGCCAGGGCAGCAAACUUCCGUGACGCUGCUCAACGUUCUGGGCUCCAGCAUGCGUGAUGUUCGCUACGUGGCGGAUCCGCUGAAUACAGGGCAGAAGGAGGUGCAACACUAUACGGAUCAGGAUUUGCAAAUCGGCGCAGUGCUAAAUGUUUUCGGACGCGAUGUCAUCCUAACCAGUUGUGAUCAAUUUACUCAACACUACUAUAGAGAGAAGUAUGGCAUUCAGGACUUUACGCCUCAGUCUCUGCCGGAACGUAGCGAUGAGCGUCCAUGUUACACCGGUCAGGUGCGUCGCUUGCCGCCCUAUAACGGCUGGGGAAGUCACGAGGAUUCCGAGGGCAAUUGCAUUACAGUGGAGCCUAAGGCUCCGCAAGCCGACUUCAAGAAGCUCUUCAAGUACGAUGGCUGCAUUCUGCGCUUUGGUGCCAAGUUAAUGUCUGUAAUACGAGAAAAUUGUGAGCGUAGCUUUGUAAUCAGUUAUUACCUGGCUGAUGACACUGUUCAGAUAUACGAGGUGGCGCGACGAAAUUCCGGCUUUGUGGGUGGCGAAUUUCUCAAGCGAGCUCGUGUCCCUCUGCCCGGCCAGGAAAAGUUCAGCUCAACGCGACCAGAAUACUUUCGAGCCAGCGAUUUCUAUAUUGGUUCCACGGUCAAUCUGAAAGAUCACAUCUUCCACAUCAUUUCGGCCGAUGAAUUUACAUUGCUUCACAUGGAACAGCAUCCCAAUGAAUUCCCUGUGGCUGACAUUCGUGCAAUCAUGAAUAAGAUACGGGAUGCAGUGCGUCCACAAUAUAAACAAUUUGUACUACGCUGCAAACCGGAGGUUGAUCUAGGCGACAAAACUACAGUUAGCUAUGACACAUUAAAGUCAACGUUACUGUCGUAUCUGUCCAAGGAGUCGCUAUUAAAUCACGAAAUUGUUACUGUAUGCCGUUUCUUCUCCGCGGAGCAAAUGCCACCACCAAGUUGCGAUAGAAAUCAUGUCCGUGCCGCAGCCCAACUGGAGUUAAAACGCGCUCUAUGGAACAAUGUGGAAGAACUCACAGAGCACUUGAGCCACAUAAAUCCUACUUGCAAACCCUACAUCUCGGAGGCACAAGUGAGAUCAACGCUGCGUGGCUGUCGCCUGCCCUUCAGUCUCGAGCUGGUGGAGGACAUUCUGCAAGUGUUGCAACACAAUGCUCAGGGCGAGGUUGAGGUGCGCGAUGUGCUCGGCUUCUUUAAUAUGAGUGCCGAUCAAGUGCCUGACAUAGCGCCACUUAACAUCGCCUUUGAACUUUGCCCCAAACUGCCUUUCCUACACAAGGGACGCCUGGUAGACUUUAAUUGGUUUCUACAUUGUUUGGGCUUAGAAGAGGAGCUAGUGCGCAAUAACUUUUAAACACUAUUCGAGCUUUGUUCAAUGUCCUACAAUAAUCCCUCUUCUUGAGUUUGUUAUAGAACAUUUAACAAUUUCUCGGUGGUCCUUCGGAGUUCAAAAUAAUUUGACAAAUUACAAAACAAUAAACAUAAACUUUUCACCUAUUUAUCUACAUAUAUAGUAUCUAGAACCGUUUUCUUUUGCAAGAGCCUAAAGUUAACAAUCAUCAUCGGAAAUUUUACAAUCGUUGGCUUUAUAAAAAAUUGCAUGUUGUGUUGUGUAUAUACAAAGACAAUAUCGUGGCAAAUGCAUUUUAAAUUCUUAAGGAAUGCGCGGAACUGUGUGCUUAUAAACUAAUUGUAAACG